AUGAAAGACACAAGAUGUAACAACAAUAAUACAGAUGGAUUGAUCUACGUUGUUGACUCCUUGGAUCGAGAGAGGAUUGGGAAAGCUAAACAUGAAUUUCAGACUAUCAUCAAUGACCCGUUUAUGCUCAACAGCGUCAUCUUGGUGUUCGCCAACAAACAGGACAUGAAAGGAGCAAUGACCCCUCUGGAGGUAUGCGAAGGUUUAGGACUUUUUGAUCUGAAGAACCGAAAAUGGCACAUACAAGGUACUUGUGCGCUUAGAGGAGACGGCCUCUAUGAAGGCCUGGACUGGUUAGCCGGAACACUCAAGGAGAUGAGAGCUGCUGGAUAUUCAUCAACAGGUCCAUCAUCGUUCUAAUGAAUGCAGAUCGGAAGUGUUUCUCUUUCCCAUGUUGCGCUAAAACGAAGCCUUCAAAACGAGAAAGUAAUUCUUAAUGACAUCGUUUCA